AUGGCCCUUGUGCCAGGGACCAGCAAAGAGGAUGAACCAUGGCCUAAAGAUAGCCCAGGCUACUCCUGGCACCCAGAAAGUCCCAGGUUGACCAAUACUCUCUGGAAGGACAGAGAAGAGAUUGGCAAGGUUGAAGGUCACAAGGAUGUUCAGGUUGUCUCUCAAAAGUCCCAUCUCCCUUCUAUUGUGGUGGAAGCCUCAGAGGUGAAUGAAGAAGACCAUGGGGGUCUCCAAUGGCCACAUGAGGAGCUGCUGCUGCUCACUGAUGAUGAUGAAGGGGAGGCUGAGGCCUUCUUCCAGGACCAAAGUGAAGAGCCAGGCUGGGCCUGGAGCCCACAGGACCCCAGUGAACCCUUAAGAAUAUUUAACCCUGGACUCAGCUGGGGGCAGGAACAGGAAGACCAACAAGCCUGCUGGAUUCCUGAGAUCACAGAGUGUCAGGAGGCCCCCAAACCUUGUCCUCUUUGGGACCCAGCAACAGGCUCCAAUAUCUAUAGAAGCUGCAUUGUGGAAUAUUCCCAUUUCCCAUCUCUCAAUACCUUUGGGGGAGCUGAAGAAGAAACUGUUCAAGCGCCGGAGGGUGUUGAACCGGGAGCGGCGACUGAAACACCGGGUAGUCGGGGCUGUGAUAGACGAAGGGUUGAUCACGCGGCACCACCUCAAGAAGAGGGCGUCCAGUGCACGUGCCAACAUUACUCUGUCGGGGAAGAAACGCAGAAAACUUCUGCAGCAGAUCCGACUUGCCCAGAAAGAAAAGGCAGCCAUGGAAGUGGAAGCCCCUUCAAAGCCAGCCAGGACUAGUGAACCAAGGCCCAAACGACAAAAGAAGAUAACACCCCCCCAGGAUGUAGACAUGGAGAACCUUGAAGAUGAGAGCUAAAGUUUUACUUCUUCUGCCAGAAGAUUUUCAACUGGAGCCAGAAGGAUUUGGUGGUUGCUUCAAAGGACUUUGGAGAAAGCAUUGACCCUUUCACUAUCCUCAGAUCCCUACUGAGCUCCUCUGAAGGGAUGUUAGGAGGGAAGAGGUUACAGAAGAAAGUUUGCAGAGGGGCCUCUCUAGCAGUCCACUCUAUUUGUAAUAAAGCUGUACAGUUUUGACCAUAAUGUGUGUGAUUUAAGUGCAGGGAUGGGGAUGGACCUUGAGAAGGGGGGUCUGUGACUGUGGAUGAAGACAGUCAGAAGCAGGAUUCCCACAGAGCUCACUUGAGCAAAGGCAACAAGAAGCCAGCUUUUCUGAUGCCCUUUCUCCCUAAUGACAAAAGUAGAGAUUAUUGUAGGGAUGAUGUGUAAGGAUCCUAAUACUGGUCAUACCAUUGCCUGUGUGACUAGCUUGGGCAAAUACUUCAUUUGUCUUGCUUCCUCUGCUGGAUUAUGUUUUUAAAUA